GUCCGCCGCCGUGGCCGCGCGCCCGCGGGUGCGCGCCAGACCCGUCCCCACAGCGGCUGAGCAGCAGCAUCCUGCCGUGGAGCCGGGAGCGUGGAGCCGCAAGGAGCGCACCGAGAGCGAGCGAGCGAGCGACAGAAGAUGGACGGAGUGGGAUCGUUCGGAGCGGGCCGGACCGGCUCCACCCUCGACCCGAUCAGCUUCGCCAAGCAGCCGCAGACCGUCCUCCGAGUGCUGUCCUGGAUAUUUUCCCUGGUGGUGUUCGCCUCCAUUGUGAACGAGGGCUACGUGAACCUGGGCAGCGAGCGCCUCCACUGUGUUUUCCACAAAAACGCAGACGCCUGUAACUACGGCGUGUUCGUGGGCCUGGUGGGGCUCCUGGCCUGCUCCUUCUUCUUUCUGCUCGACUACAAGUUCUCCUCCAUCAGCUCCGUCAAGGACAGGAAGAAGGCGGUGAUGGUCGAGAUCGGCUUCUCAGGGUUCUGGACUUUCCUGUACUUCGUGAGUUUCUGCUUCCUGGCCAAUCAGUGGUCUCGGACCACGCCUGACGAGCUGCCACUCAACCAGGGGGCGGACGCAGCCCGCGCAGCCAUCGCCUUCUCGUUCUUCUCCAUAAUCAGCUGGGCCGGUCUGACCGUGCGGGCGGUCCAGAAGUACCUGCUCGGUACAGACAUGACCCUGUUCACCACAGAGCACAUGGACGGCGGCGCGCCCACCCAGCCGUACCCCUCCAACUCGCCGGGCGGCGGCACCGCCGACACCACAGAGACCUACCAGAGCCCACCGUUCACCGAGAACAACGCAGCGCCCACGUACCAGGUUCCCAUUUAUUAGACACGCUCGGGAGGUGGACGAGAAGAAAAGUCCAAGAAAAUCUCUCUCUGUGAUGCUUUGAUGCAGUGAUUUGGGCUGAGUUAUUGAUCGUUGUUGAAUAAAGUGGCCUCCCCUUCCUCAUGUCCUCCUCUCCUUCCUUUUCCUUCCUAAACAUUCCAGCUUUUCUAACCCUUUAUUCCACAAUCCGCCUUCUGGUUGAACAAACCCAGCAGCCUCAGCUCAGAGUGAAAAGGAAACAGGAGGGGAUGAAGGAGAGGAGGCCACUUUGUAGUAUUCAAAUACUAUUUUAACACAAAAAGGGGGAUCAAGGGAUCAACAAGUGAGCAAGUCCACUACAAAGCAGUAUUAGCUCUAAAUAUAGUGCAGGAGGCACACGCACAUGCAGCACCUCCAUCUUGUUCUUUUCAUUCAUUUGAAAGGUCACAGCAUUCUUUUGGCUGCAGCGCGUGCUGCUGCAGCUGAAAGUGGUCAUGUGUUCUGAAACUGCAUGUUUAAAACGUAGAGAUCAACUAAGUGCCAUACUGUACUGUGUGUCCAGACAGUGACUUACGUUAGUAGAGUUCCACAUGCUGUAAAAAAAAAAAAAAAAAAAAAAAAAAAACACAACAAAAAAAUGAUAAUGUUUUGUGACCAAGUGCAAUAUCUCACAUUCUUAUGUAGGUAUAUUUAUAGUGUACUAUAGGUAGGAUAGUGACUGUCGGUUAGAUCGGCGUUAGGCACCGUCUCAAAGGACAAACUGCUCAUUACAAACACACGCUGAUGCUGAGGAACCGACCUGACGACUGAAAGAUGACCUUUUAUCAAACACGGCCCUAAAUAUUAAGCUUCUGUAUCAUCGGUUUUGUCUUCCUGACAUAAAAUCUACUAUUUCAACUCAAGUGCGUGUCCGACAGGCAAAGAGAAGAGUAUCAAAGGGUCAGAAGGAACUUGUAAAUGCUGGAAAAGUCAAAUCGCAAAGCAAAGAAGACAAAACAACUACAAAAGAGACGAGCAAUUCCAAAAGACGAGUCAAAGCCAGACUCCAACUGCUACAGAGACGAAAAUGACACAAAGCCGAACAACAACUACAACGAACAUGACUUGAGACUGAAAAGCGCUGUGCAGAGACACAAGCAACCAGAUGCUGCAACGGCCACGAGGACGCAGGUUCCAGAUGCUGGCAGCGUGUGCUUUGAGACGGUCCCUACGCUGAGCGUCGUGUGUGUGGAGGUUCUGGGUUCGUCAGGUCUCUUUACGUUUACGUUGUAGAAGCUGCCAAACUGCCCUGUGUUCUAUAGCCGUUCUGAUUACUGCGUUACUACUAUGUUGUCAAUGUCGACAGAGUUUUAAUGUAACUACAAAGAGUGUGUGUGUGUGUGCGUGCGUGCGUGCGUGCGUGCGUGCGUGCGUGCGUGCGUGCGUGCGUGCGUGCCUGCGUGCGUGUACACACAGGUGGGGCUGGAGGCAAUAGAUUUAGGAGAAGGUGCAAUUACUCGUUUGUGGGAUGUUUAAGCUAGUUUCCUAAUUCACCCAUCCUGGCAUUGUGGUGUUGGGGGGGGGGGGGUCAGAAUUAGUUGCCAUGGUGACAGGGACAGAGUUGGAUGGAUGUGAGCCACUAGGGGCCCAUGUAUGUAGAUAGUAACCAUGCCAACGACAGCGGUGUGUCGUUCACUCUCCAUCAGUCGAUCUGUUCUGGUGUGUCUGUAAAUGUGAGUGGGAGCGUCCACGUGUGACACGUGCACACGUAUGGGCGUGCACGAGGCCUGCGCUUGUGUUAAAACGAUGUGAACGUGUGCGUUUGGUCACUUAGUUUGUGCUGCAUAGAAGUUAUUUUUCUCAAACGUGUGUUUGACGAGGUUUCAGUGCAGAGGGUGGAAUCACACGUCACACUUCCCCUAAAAAGUAUCGUCUUUGUGCUGCACAUCAGGAUACGUGAAGCACGAGUUAUGAGACAAAGCUUGUCUGAUGAGACAUGAAUCGAAACACGUUAAAGCGGAAACCAUGUGGCGCUGCAGGACAACUGGGGCUCUGGGACCUAUAAUGAUCAUAAUGAUGCAUGAAAUAGUUGUAUAACAAUCAUUUAUAUAAUUAGUAUCAUGUCGCUUAAGUUGGACUCAGGAUGUUUUCAUAAAUCAGAACAAGUUGCACCCAGAUGCCUGAACCACUGAUUUGUGUGAUUUUACCUCAAGGUUCCAGAGUAAAUGAAAACGAUGUCCUCCAUUAGACACAAAGACUUCCAUGUAGGGGAUCAAAAGCUGAGCUCAGUAACAGGGAGGUGAGCUCCAGGAUGUCAACACAACUGGUGCAGUAACAGAUUAUAGGAGAGUUUUACCAUUCAUGAUGCACAAACCAUAAAGAUGCUAAAUGUAGGUAAGACAUUAGUCCAAAGGCAAAAAACACAAAACGAGUGUGAUCAAACCCAAAAAGGCUGGAAUAAAAAGAGCUACUUUCAGAAAUUUGAUUUGGUAAAAGUUCAAAAUGGGAACAAAACAAUCAUCUAAAUAAUAAUAAUAAUAAUAAUGUUAGUUUAAAACCCGAUGACCAGUAUUAAACCAACACCGUGUGGUUCUCCAGCUGCUGGGGACGAUCAAGCUGCUGUUCUGUACUUUGGAGCUACUGCCAGAACACGUCGUAUUAUUGUUCUGAGUGCUUCUGUCUCGUCAGUGUGGUAGAAUAAAAUAAUAGGAGCAUUGUGUGUUUUUGUACACGGCCGUGCUAUUGGUUGACUGUAAAACUCAGUACGUUAUAACCUAAAUGGAACCUGUGUAUGAUGCUGUCCAGGGUCUGGUUUGUCCUGUGAUACUGAAAAUUAAAAAAGGAAAACUCAAUGAUUAUUUGUUUACUAGAACACACGCUGUUGACCACUUUUAAAGGGGCUCUGCAUUAAAAUCAGAGCUGUGUUAUCAUACGGUUUUGUAAGGUAAUUACAGGUUAUGAUGUGUAGAAGGGGCUCCAGUAUCAGAGGACGUUGCAUGGAUCUUACAUUAUGUCCCCCAUAAUAUUGAUAAGUAAAGUUCAACCUCAUCAACUGAUUUUAUAGCGGACUGCUCCUUUAACAUGUUUCUUCCUGUUCUGAAGGUGUAAAAUCACUGUGUACAGAGAUGUGUGUCACUGUCUGUUACCUGAAUAACUGCAGACCGAGCGUCAUGCAAAUAAAGACAUGUUUUGGACAGUUCCUGUA